GGCGAUGAGCAGAGUACAGAGGACAUUCCUACAGAUAACUGCCCAGAUAGCUGUGCUACGACCUCAGAGGGACAUCAGAUAUCUUCAGAUUUUAACGUAGAUGAUCAAGAUACAUAUGAAGAACAUGCCAAUAUCCAAGAUAUAUCCUCUUCCAGUCACAGCAAAGAUUUAUCAUCAGAUUCUUUUGAACAGAUCCAAUCUUCUGAUUCAUCACAAACUGUAACACAAAAUGAAAGUCAAACUAUGCUUGUUGAAGUUCAAAGAGCUCACAUAUCGGAGAAGCCAUUUUCAUGUUUAGAAUGUGGGAAAUGUUUUGCUUUAAAAAAAAAUCUGGUAACUCAUCAAAGAACUCACACAGGGGAGAAGCCAUUCUUAUGUUCAGAAUGUGGAAAAUGUUUUGCUUUAAAAAAAAAUCUGGUUACGCAUCAAAGAACUCACACAGGGGAGAAGCCAUUUUCAUGCUCAGAAUGUGGAAAAGGUUUUAACUGGAAGUCAGAUCUUGUUGUACAUCAGAGAAAUCACACAGGGGACAAGCCAUUUUCAUGCUCCGAAUGUGGGAAAUGUUUUAAUUGGAAAUCAGGUCUUGUUAUACAUCAGAGAAAUCACACAGGGGAGAGGCCAUAUUCAUGUUCAGAAUGUGGGAAAGGUUUUAACUGGAAAUCAACUCUUAUUACACAUCAGAGAAUUCACACAGGGGAGAAGCCAUUUUCAUGUUCAGAAUGUGGGAAAUGUUUUACCCAUAAAUCAACUCUUGUUGAUCAUCAGAAAAUUCACACAGGGGAAAAGUUAUUUUCAUGUUCACACUGUGGAAAAUGUUUUAACCACAAAUCAGCUUUUGUUUCACAUCAGAGAAUUCACACAGGGGAGAAGCCAUUUUCAUGCUCAGAAUGUGGGAAAUGUUUUACUCAUAAAUCAACUCUUGUUGACCAUCAAAGAACUCACACAGGAGAGAAGCCAUAUUCAUGUUCAGAUUGUGGAGAAUGUUUUACUUGGAAACCAUCUCUUGUUGACCAUCAGAAAACUCACAAAGAGAAGUAGCCAUUUUUAUUUCCUUCUCUUUUAUUUAGUAGUACACUAAAAAGUAGGACAAUACAUCAAAAAUAAAGUCGCAAGUCAUACAAGAAUAAGAAAAGACAAUUGAGAGCGGUAAGUGAUAGCAAAGAGAUGUAUGUAAUCUAUAUAUAUAUAAAGG